CUUAGGGGAUGGCAAAUCCACUCUUGGGUGCUCCACGCCAACUCCAUUACUCAGUGCAUCAUGUGGAGGCGGCGCUGGGCCAAAAAAAUGCCCAAGAGCGCCGGCUCGCUUUGCCUGCGUUGCGUGGGAAGAAGACUUCCGGCGUCCUCCUUUCCGCGGUUAUUUUGACUGCUCAUUUAUCCGCAUCCUCCAAGGGAGUCUCCACAGAGGAGAGAAGGGGCACAACAAGGACGUCCCCAGGCGAGCCAGGGGCGAGGUUUCGCGCCUUUACACCUGGCCUGACCCGACCCGGGGCAAGCGGCUCCGCCUCCAGAGCCUCAGUGUCCGCAGGGGUAGAAUGCACAGUCUCGGUCCUUCCCCUCGGUGCCCCGCAGCUGCGCCCCCUGUGAAGCGGCGGAUCUGAUUCGUGUUCUGGCUGAGUCUCCUACACCUGGGAAGAGCUCCUCCAGACCGGACGCCGCCGCUCAUGGCUGGCAGAGAAAAAACCUACAUUGCCCAGAAGGCUGGGCCCCGCGCCUUAGAGGCCGGCUCUGGGCCAAUGACGGCCCCCGGCGGGGACAUUUUUCCGCGGAGGGCGGGACUUCCGGCUUCCUUGCUGGCGGACGUCACUUGCGUGCGACGGUUCCGUCCACGCCAGCUGUGGGGUGGGCAUUGGCGGUCUGUGGCCGCUUCGAGUGCGCCCCUUCGCGAAUGACCGGAAGGGAGGCUAGGACUCACCUCCGCUCCUUUGCGCGAGUCGGGAGCCUCCUUGUGAUCGAUCCCUUUUCCCGGGCAGAGAAGACGUGUCGGUCGGCCGAGCCCGCGGGACCCGUCUCAGGGGCCGCCUGUCCCGGCGCCGCUGUCUCCUCGGGGGCCCAUGAUGGCGGCAGCGUGGAUGGAGGCGGCGCGGGUGUCUGUGACCUUCGAUGAUGUGGCUGUGACGUUUACCCAGGAGGAGUGGGGACAGCUGGACCCAGCUCAGCGGACCCUGUACCAGGAGGUGAUGCUGGAAAACCGAGGGCUGCUGGUAUCUCUGGGGUGUCCGGUUCCCAGACCUGAGCUGAUCUGCCAGCUGGAGCACGGGGGGGAGCUGUGGAUGGUGCAGAAAGACCUCUCCCAAAGCACCUGUCCAGGCGAAAGAUACAGAUUAGAAGGGGGCCUGGAGGUAUUCCAACCGCGAAGCUUCCGUGUCUUCAGCAGCUCCUUACCUCCCAGGAUCGAUGUGUGGCCGUCUGUGCCCGAAGAGUCAUCAACCAGGGAAAUUCAGCAGAGCCUCGGUGACAGAGGGAAACCCAAGACCAGAGAACCUAGCCCUUGGGAGCCAGCCGUCCCUGAGGGAGCCUCCCUCCGGGAACCAACACAAGGAGGCCUAGGGGACCCUCAGUCGGGACGAACCAAGAAUCAGGGUGGGCCAUCGGUAGUGCAGGAAGGGCCCUUUGGACGAGGGAUAGCCUCCCAGAGGGGAAAGCUUCCUGGGAAAGUGAGUCCUGAACAUGGCCGCUCAGGGACAGCUGAUGGUGUGUGUUCACGGGGUGUGCAGGAGCCCUUCCCUCCAGGAGGAGCUGUCCCUGACCGUGACUCAGGUGGAUCGGGUAAAGAUGCCAUGAUUCAGGAAGAGGAAAAUAUCUUUAAGUGCAACGAAUGCGGGAAAGUGUUUAACAAGAAACACCUUCUUGCUGGGCAUGAAAAGAUUCACUCUGGGGUGAAGCCGUAUGAAUGCACGGAGUGUGGGAAAACGUUUAUUAAGAGCACGCACCUGCUCCAGCACCACAUGAUCCACACUGGGGAGAGGCCCUACGAGUGCAUGGAGUGCGGCAAGGCCUUCAACCGCAAGUCCUACCUCACCCAGCACCAGCGGAUCCACAGUGGAGAGAAGCCGUACAGGUGCAGUGAGUGCGGAAAGGCCUUCACCCACCGCUCCAAUUUUGUCUUACAUAAGAGGAGACACACCGGGGAGAAAUCCUUCGUGUGCAAAGAAUGUGGGCAGGUGUUCCGACAUAGGCCCGGAUUCCUUCGACAUCACAUCGUCCACAGCGGCGAGAAUCCGUACGAGUGCUUUGAGUGUGGCAAGGUCUUCAAACACAAGUCGUACCUCGUGUGGCACCAGCAGACACACACCGGGGAGAAGCCCUAUGAGUGCAGCGAGUGCGGCAAGGCCUUCUGUGAGAGCGCCGCCCUCAUUCACCACUACGUCAUCCACACCGGGGAGAAGCCCUUCGAGUGCCUCGAGUGCGGGAAGGCCUUCAACCACAGGUCCUACCUCAAGAGGCACCAGCGGAUUCACACCGGGGAGAAGCCUUUUGUGUGCACCGAGUGUGGAAGGGCCUUCACCCACUGCUCCACCUUCAUCUUGCAUAAAAGGGCCCACACUGGCGAGAAGCCCUUUGAGUGCAAAGAAUGUGGAAAAGCCUUUAGCACUCGGAAAGAUCUCAUUCGGCACUUCAGCGUCCACACUGGGGAGAAGCCCCAUGAGUGCACGGAGUGUGGGAAGGCCUUUAACCGCAGGUCAGGCCUGACAAGGCACCAGCGGAUUCACAGUGGCGAGAAGCCCUAUGAAUGCAUGGAGUGUGGGAAAUCCUUCUGCUGGAGCACCAACCUCAUUCGACACGCCAUCAUCCACACGGGAGAGAAGCCUUACAAGUGCAGUGAGUGUGGAAAGGCCUUCAGUCGCAGCUCCUCCCUCACUCAGCAUCAAAGGGUUCAUACUGGGCGAAACCCUGUCAGCGUGACAGAUGUGGGAAGACCCUUCCCAGGUGACCAAACCUCAGCCACCCUCCGAGAACUCCUGCUGGGAAAAGACUUUCUGAAUGUAAACCCCGAGGAGACUCUUUUGCAGGAGAAAACAUCUACCACAACGUCUGAUCGUACAUACCAAAGAGAAACCCCACAGGUAUCUUCACGAUGAGAGAACCUGUCACAGGUCAUCCAUCAGUUGUGUGAAGACGCAUUUGAGAGACUGGCACAGCGUCAAGCCUUAUUCUGCAUCUCAGAAUUCAUCGGUGAGGGAGAGACUGUUUGUUUAGCUACUGUUUUUCUCCUUAGUUUACACUGCAGUAUUAUCUCAGGAAUUUUUAUAAAGAGAAGGUGGAGACUUAGAAGAGAAAAUGUAUCGCAAACACAGUUUCUCUGAGACUCCUCUGUCAAGCUUUCGGCACUUUGUCAUGGAUUCCUUAGUUUACUUGGGGUGAAGGGGGUGUUAUUUCAGAGGCAAAGGGCCUUGAUCCUUCCUGUGUCUUGUGCGUAUACAGUCAUUGCUGUCCGGUGUCUGGAGAGUUAGAUGGUUGGGGGCAGGUAUUUACGCAGCUAAGGAUGCACAUAGGACAGAUGGGCCCAUUUUAUCAUGCCGGUUAAGGCUUUUCAGGCUUUAGUUUUUUGGAAGAACCCGGCUGUUCUUUUGGUGGCUUUAACCACUACGCAUUCAGUCUUUUUAUUGAUCCAGUGUAUUGUGUACUUAAUUUAUAUAGCUAUACAGUAAAAUUUAAAAUUGGGUAAAAUGAGGGAGUUCCUGUUGUGGUGCAGGAGAAGUGAAUCCACCUAGUAUCCGUGAGGAUGUGGGUUUGAUCCUUGGCCUCUCUCAGUGGGUUAAGAUCCGGUGUUGCCAUGAGCUGUGCUGUAGGUCGCAGACAUGGGUUAGAUCCUACAUUGCUGUGGCUGUGGCUGGCAGCUACAGAUCUUAGGAUGCAAAAAAAUCUUGCCCACAUAUUUAUCAAAAUCGAUGUAAACCUGUAGAGCAGUUUCAGAAGUAGCACCAUGAACACAUUACAUGAUAUGACCCUUCAUUUAUUUAAUUUUUUCCUUUCCUGCUCCUUUUUAUGGCUGCACCUGUGGCAUGUGGGAGUUCCUGGGCUAGGGAUGAGUCGGACCUGCAGAUAUAAUCUAUACAACUUGAGAUCCAAGCUGCAUAUGCAGCCUACAGUGCAGCACAUAGCAACACCAGCACAUAGCAACACUGAGUGAGGCCAGGAGUGAAACCUGAAUCCACAUGGGGACUAGUCGGGUUCUUAACUUGCUGAGAGCCACAGUGGGAACUCCUAUUUAAGUAAUUAUUGAUAGUUCCUUAGCAUUUUAUAAAUUUCAACAGUACAGGUUUUAUACAUUUUUGUUAUUAUUUAUGUCUAAGCAGUUGGUGGGGUUUUUUUCCAUGUGAUUUUUCAGAUGACAUAAACUUUCAAUUUCCAUGUGAUCUUUAGUAGUAUUCCGAAAGAUAAUUGUUCCUGGAGUAAUAUUUCAGUAUCUUGCACUCACGACUGAACUCAGUUCUUAUUGUUUCUAGCCAUUUCUUUGGAUAGAAUCCUUGGCAUUUCUGUGUAGAAAUGGCAACCGCAAAUUAGUUUUAUUUCCUUUUUUUUUUUUCUUUUUUUUUUUCUGUCUUCUUCCAGCUGCACCUGUGGCAUAUGGAGUUUCCCAAGCUAGGGGUGGAAUUGGGGCUGUAGCUGCUGGCCUACACCACAGCCACAGCCGCACCAGAUCUGAGCUGCAUCUUCAAACUACGCUAAAGCUCAUGGCAGCACUGGAUCCUUAACCCACCGAGAGAGGCCAGGGAGUGAAUCUGCGUCCUCAUGGAUACUAGUCAGAUUCAUUUCCACUGAGCCAUGACGGGAACUCCAAAUUAGUUUUAUUUCUUCCUGUCUCUGCACUUGUUAUUUCACUGCAUUAGCUAGGACUUCCAGUAUGUUGAAUCAGAGUAAUAAAGGAUAUCCUUGUCUGGUUCCUGAUGUUAGAGGGAACACGUUCAGUUUUUCAUUAAGUGCAAUGUUAGGUGUAAGGUUCUUUUUCCAUAGAGUUUUCCAACAAGUCUAGAAAGUUUCCCUCUGUUCUUAAUUUGCUGAGAUUUUUGUUAUCGUGAAUGAGUGUUGAGUUUUGUCAAAUGCUUUAUCUCCGGUUGACAUGAUCAUCUGAGUUUUCUUCAGUAUCUUAAUUGAUGUGAUGUAGUGCACUGAGUUUUGCAUAUUGAACCAGCCUUGCAUCCUUGAAAUAAACCCCACUUGGCUGUGGAAUAUAAGUUUUUUAUAUACAUAUUAUAUUAAAGCAUUCCAUUUGAUUUAUAGUUUUUGAGCAAUUUUUCCUCUAAUCUCUUGAUCUAUGAUCUAUAGUUCUCAGUAUUUGUUUGCUUGUUUUUAACUACUUUCAUUGUCUGGUUUUGGUGUCAAGGUGAUAGUUGCUUCCCAAGUUGAGUUGGGAGGGAUUGUUCUCUUCUAUUUUGCAGGAAGACUGUGUGUAAUUGUUUUUAAUUGUUGUUUUGAUGUUUGAUGGCAUUCUCCAGUGAACCAUUUGUGCCUGGAGGUUUUCUGGAUACUUUUAAAAUUACAUAUUAUCUGAUAAAUAUGCAACUGUACAGAGUAUCUUUUUCAUAUUGGAUGAGUUGGAUAGUUGGUCCUUUUUGAGGAGAUAUUUUCUUUCCUGUAAGUUUUCUAAGUUGUUUUUAGACUUGUUGCAAGUAUUCCCUUAUUACCCUCACCCCUGCCAGCCUUCUCCAUGGAAGGCUCCUUCUCAGGAACAUAUGGAUAUUCCUGAGCCAGGGAUCGAAUCCACAUCCAGGGAACUGCCACAGCUUCAACAGCUCGGAUCCUUAACCCAUACCACUGGGCCAGUUGAUCGAUCCCGCACCACUACAGAGACCACAUCAGAUCAUUAACUCCUUUUUUAUCUUUUUUUUUUUUUUUGUCUUUUGUCUUUUUGUCUUUAGUUGUUGUUGUUAUUGCUAUUUCUUGGGCCGCUCCCGAGGCAUAUGGAGGUUCCCAGGCUAGGGGUCGAAUCGGAACUGUAGCCACCGGCCUACGCCAGGGCCACAAAAACGCAGGAUCCGAGCCGCGUCUGCAACCUACACCACAGCUCACAACAACACCGGAUCAUUAACCCGCUGAGCAAGGGCAGGGACCGAACCUGCAACCCCAUGGUUCCUAGUCGGAUUCGUUAACCACUGCGCCACGACGGGAACUCCCUUUUUUAUCUUUUUGAUGGCAACAGGGUCUGUACUUUUAUCCCAUUUUAUUCCCGAUUUUGGAAAUAGGUCAACUCUCUUGCUAUUUUACUUAUUUAUUUUGUCUUUUUAGGGCCACUCCUGUGGCAUAUGGAAGUUCCCAGGCUGGCAUCCAGCCUGGGUCGAAUCAGAGCUGUAGCUGCCAGCCUAAGGCACAGCCAUAGCAACUUGGGAUCUGAGCAAUGUCUGCAACCUACACUACAACUCGUUGCAACACCGGAUCCUUAAUGCACUGAACAGGACCAGGGUUCGAACCCACAUCUCAUGUACACUAGUUGGUUGGUUACUGCCGAGCCACAACAGGAAUUCCUCAACUAUCUUUUUAAUCAUUGUCAAUCUUCUUAGACAUUUAUCGAUACUGCUGAUUAUCCUAAAGAACCACCACUGUAUUUCUCUAUUUGGUUGGUUUUUCUCUAUUUUUUUUCUUUUUCUUUCCUUUUUAAUUUUGUUCCUGAUAUAUUUUCUUUUUCAUUAAAGUUUAAUUGAUUUACAGUGUUGUGCCCGUAUCUACUGUACAGCUGCUUUACUGUUUUUAAUAACACUGAUUUCUUUUCUGAUCUUUGUGAUAUUCUGUCUUCUCCUUUGCUUUGGUUGUGUUUUGCUUCUUUUAUUUUUUGAGGGGUGCUGAGAUUAUUGAUGUGUUCUUUUAGCACUGUUCCAGCUUUAUCCCACAAGUUUUAAUUACAAUUUAUUCAGUUUUAAAUAUCUCUUGAUUCUUUCAGAGACUUCCUUUGUUUUAGUGGAUUAUUGAGAAAUAUACUGUUUAUUUUAAUUACUCAGUGAAUUUUAUUACAUCUAUAGUUGUACAACGAUCAUCACACCCAAAUUCCAUAGCAUUUCCAUCCCAAACCCCCAGCAAAUCUCCCCUCCCCCGAGAAGUAUACUCUUUAAUAUUCUACUGUUUGGAGUAUUUUCUGGUAUCUUUUUGUUGUUGAUUUCCUGUUUGUUUCACAUUUGGUUCUUAUGUUUGAAUUUGUUGAAGUUUUAUGUCCCAGGAUACGGUAUACCUUGUUGAAUGUUCUGUAAGGCUUCUUGAAGAGAAUGUAUGUUCUGCUGACAUUGGGUAGCGUUUCUUUCUAUAAAUGCCUCCAUAAUCCUUUUGGUUGGGGUAUUACUCAGAUAUUGUAUAUCCUUGCCGACUUUCUGUCUAGUGUUUCUGUUAGUUGCAGAGAGACGAUGAAGUCCUGAAGUAUAAUUGAGCAAUUGUCUGCUUCUCUAACGAAUUAUGUAAGUUUCUGCUUCAAAGCCCCGUUGUUUGAUGAACACACGUUUAAAAAUUGCUAUGUCAUCUUGGUGUAUUAUUGACCCUUUGUCCCAUUAUGUAAUUUCCCUGUUCAUUUUCUUCUCUUUGAAGCAUACUCUUUCUGAUGUUAAUAUAGUCACUGCCGUGAUUUUUGAUUAGUAUUUGCACAGUUUAAUUUUUCCAAUAUUUUUAACCUUCUCUGUAUCAUUAUAUUUAGAAGUGUCUUGUAACAGCAUGUAGUCAGUCUUACUUUUUUAUCCACUUUGCCACUUUCUCUCAAUUCAUAUGUUUAGAUCAUGUAAAUUUAAAAUAAUUCCUGAUAUGUCAGAGCUUAAGUAUACCACUUUAUUAAUUUUGUUUGUGUUCCCUUUGUAUAAUUUUUUGUUUUCCAGUUGUUUUUUGGAUGCCCUCCUUGCUUCCUUUGGGUUAUUUUACGUUUUUUAGAAUUCCGUUUGAUACAUCUGUAAUGUUUUUUAGAA